GCGUUUAAAACUUCAGCCUCAACCUCGUUACUAUUGUGUUAAAGCAUUUUAAAAUUAAUUUUUAGGUUUAAUUUAUUUAGUAUUAAUUUAGUUUUAGUUUUUAUAAUUAUAGAUUUAUUGUUAUUUAUUUAAUUUUGCUUGCGUUUUUUGAAACCUGUGAUAAUGCUCGCAGCACAUCCUAUGCUUCCGCAUCAGUUGAGGCACCGCGUCUGCGAUGACUGCGUCGUCAGGACUGACACCAAUGUCAUAACAAAAAAAAUUGAAAAAAAGGUGAGGACCCCAAACUAUAAGAAGGAUCGAUGACGACACAGAGUUUGUCUGUCCUCGAAAAUUGGUCGUGUGGGCGCUGUCGAUACACCGUCUUCGCCACCUAUAAGCAAUGAUCAGAAGUCUGCCCGAUAACGACAAUAGCGUCUUCUCCGGGAUAAACAGCCUAUGCAAGAGUGCGAGUUUCGCAAUGAAUCUACCGCUUCAGUCAUGUCUACGUAUAAAAUUCAAAUGAAGGAAUGCAACGAUAUAAAGUUGGGAGAACAAAAUCGAACUCCGACAGAUGAUUUGCUUAUAAAAGACAAACUCCGCAUAUGCCAAGAAAAGCUAAUGAACAGAUACAAGAACGAAAAUGCUUAUAUGACUUCUUUUCUUUGGAGUGAAGACAACGACUUUCCAAUAAGAGAAGGCUUUGUGGAUGUCAAACUCCAUAAAACCGACAUGUUUGGAAGAAAAACAGGAGAAAUCAUUCAAGUUAAAGAUAUCUUUGCGAAAGAGUCUAAAUUUCAUCGCACAGUACUCAUCACAGGAGAUCCGGGAUAUGGGAAAACAACCAUUUGUAAGAAAAUCGCCUACGAUUGGGGAAUGGAUGAAGAGAGUCGCAGUUACUUGAAGUCGUUUGAUAUUUUAAUUUUUAUACAAUUAAGCGAAUUAGGAGAAAAAAGUAUAAUUGACGCUGUUAUUGAAUGCAUUGACGACAAAGCAAACAGACAAUUUGCAAAGAAACUCAGAGAAACUGAGUGGAAUUUUUUGAUCAUUUUAGAUGGAUUUAACGAAACUCGCGAUAAAGAUUGCGUAAAACAAUUUAUAAGUAACGAUUCAUUCGAAAUUUCUGUCCAAAUGACAAUAAUAGUUACCAGCCGUCCACACGUUUCGGAUGAAAUUAGAAAACUUAUCGAAUAUCGAUGUUACAUCGAAGGAUUCACUCCAGAACAAAAGGAAAAAUACAUCGAUUUCAUUGUUAGAGACGAAGACAAAUGCGAAUAUCUCAAAAAUAUUAUUAAAAACAAUCGUUCCUGUUUCGAAUUAGCGAAAUGUCCUUUUAUGCUGUACAUGUUAUGCUGUCUUCCUAAAAGUAAAUCAGACAGAUACGUAAUGACAAAUGCCGAUGUGUUUAUGUUAAUUUUCCGUCUUAUUAUAGAAAAGUAUAAGAAAAAGGAAAAUGGAAUCCAUAACCUAAAAAGAGGAAAAUAUUUUGACGGAGAAGAUUUAAUUAUUAAGCUGGGAAAAGUUUAUUACGUAAAGGAAUUUCUUGAUUCUACAAAGGAUAACGGUUUAGAAACAAGAAAAGUCAAAGAGAAAGAUUUGCAUAAGGCUUUCAGUAAAGAGGAAUGCCAAUUUUUCCUUGAUCUCUACAUUUUUGUAAAACGUACAGCUAAGGAUAAUGGAGAAUAUUUCGACUUUAUUCAUCGAUUAUUUACCGAAUUUAUUAUGGCAUUUUACAUUUUCGAUUCGAUCGAUGUAGUUACUUUACCAGAGGUUGACGGUAUUUUAUUCUUUAUUCUCGGUUUGUUUAGAGAUAAUCCAUUUGCAGGCAACUUUAUUAAUUUUCUACGAAGAAUCUUCCUGCAUCCCGUAACAUGGCUGAAUUUUUACAACGAAAUCAAAAACGAAAGAAAUAAACAACUGUUUUGCGCAGAAACAAAAUUAGUUUUUUAUUUCGAUUGUUUAGACGAAUUCUUGAAAUUAUCAAAUAUUUGCAAAUUCAAUAGAAUCUAUUUCUGCAUUCCAGAUCGUAUUGAUGACUGGAAAAAUAUUAAAAAAGAAUUAAUUAAAUUCCACAGUAAUCUGAAUUAUUCGCACGACUUUCAGAUAUGUGUAUUGCUUGACAGAAGAUUUUCUGACGAUCCUGCCACAUCGAGUAAUUCUGUUACAUAUAUCGAUCUGUAUGAAUCUGUGAAAUUCUUAAAAUAUUUAUUUGAGAGCUACAGUUGGGAUAAAUUCCAAUUUUAUUUUUAUGGCAUUGUUUGCAAUUGUAAUACAGAAUAUUCUAUUAUAUGCGAUAGAAAUAUUGAUAGUUUUAGAAAAAUUGAGGAAAAUGUGACAGAAGAAAUUAAUGAAGAGUUUAAUCGUCGAGGCGAGAAACCGGUUGUUUUAUGCAACGAGAGCGAAUCUGGUGAUGAUCAAAAAUACUUGAUGUCUGAAGACCAAUAUAAUUCUUUAUUACCAUAUUUUAUGAAGCAUCCUCUUCGUGGAGAUUUUUGUUCUGUUAUGGCUAAUUUUUGUAUGGAAUGAAAAGUUCGUAGAAAAAGUUAUCUACACAAAUAAUCAUGAAAUACUUUUUACGACUUUUUCACGAUUUUUUCAUUAUUUGAAUUCCAUAAAUGAAAUUUAUUUAAAUUUAAU